CCCGGGACCAAAAUGCCRCUGGCGUGGAUCGUGCCCUCAGCGAUUUGGUUGGUGCUGCACUUCCCAGCAGAAUCCUGCAGGAAGGGAGCAGCGAGCCCCGGGAAAGGCACCCGAGGGGCGGUGGAGAUGUGCAACAAGGGCAGUAUCACAGCCAGCAGCGGCCGUGCCAUCCAGCGCCACACCAGUGUCACUUUGGGGUGCCACCUGCGCUCCCCGCCCGCUCCCGGCUGGUGCCGGACCGCGAUUUUCCUCAAUAACUCCGAGCAGAGCCGGGGCUGGGGCGGAGCGGUCACCGGCACCGUCCGGGUCAGCACCUACGGCAAACACACCUUCACCUGCAAAUUCCUGUGCGGGAACAGGAGCAGCCUGGUGUGCGGGAUCGACAUCCGCUGCGGCAGUAAGGAAAUGAUCGCUUAUCGUGCCUUGAUGGGUUCCAUUGUGGAGCUCAGCUCUGGCACCCUGAGCAGGUUGGAUUUGGGCUCCAAUUACACCCUGGUGGUUUCUGCCUCCAAUGAAUUAGGAAAUGCCUCCUCCCAGCCGCUCACCUUCACCUUGAUAGACAUAGUGAAGCCACAUCCUCCCAACUUUUCCGUGGAAUUUGAUGAUUCUUCUGCCACCAGCUGCACCUUUUCCUGGCACGAUGAGGCACAAGAACAGCACUGCAGGCUGAGAUAUCGACCCCUCGGCAGGCACAGCUGGAGCAUGGUUGAAAUCCCCAGCAGGGAGCGGUUCCACCUGCAGGGGCUGGAGCCGGACACAUCCUAYGAAUUCCAGUCGAGCUGCAGGACCCGCCGGGAUCGGGGGCUGUGGAGCGAUUUGCCCCCUCCUCAGCGAGUUUCUGCCGUGGCCCUGGGGAACUGCAGCAUCCUGGUGAGYUGGAGCCCCCCCGAGGGACCCCCUGUGCCCAUCGGGGGGUUCGUGGUGCAGUGGGACCCCCACCCUGAGCCCCAGCAGAGCUGGGUGAAGCUGCCCCCAUCCCAGCUGUCCACGGUGAUAACAGAGCACAUCAGAGAUAAUGUCUGC